AUGGGAGAGAUUGGUGGAGUCGUAAAAAAUGAUGGAUCGCCAGUCGUCCUCGAUGGAUACAACCUGAUAGCCUACGACUGGUACAACGGAAUUCUGGGAAUGCAGUCUCAUCUAGUGCAACCAGACAAGAGCAUGCGCGUAACGAACGUCACCAUCGACUACAACACAAAAACGCAGUAUGUCACCCUGAGUGACGGGACCUGCAUUGAAUCUGACGUCACGGAACACAUGAGAGAACCGUGUGUUCCAGCGAGUUCCAAGCUCUUGACGUCGUCCUAUCUUGGGUUCGGCAACAACGCGCUUCACAUCAACGUGUGGGAGUAUCUGAAGCCCGGUACCGACAACAUCGUCAAACUGGCGGUAACAGACCCCGGAUGUAUCCCGGUAAUCGAGGCUUCGUAUGGAACAAUGAAGGGAGGUAAGACCGACAUCGUGUAUUUCAUCACGGACUUCCAGCCAGGUAUUGCCCAGCCAGAGUUGUUGGCUAAACCAACCUUCCCGUGCAGGCGACAGGGCGCUAAUGACGAGGAUAUUCCAGAUGAUCUAGUGCGGUCUAUUAAAAGUGUCAAACAGAUCUACAGCCACUGA